AUGGCGGGACAUGCAUCUCAAGCCCCUACAGCUCCAGCGAGCUCACGCCCUUCUCCAGCGGCAAACCACAAUACAUCAUCUGAUUACAUCAAUGGCCAUGGGACUCUACCAGACGCACCAGCGCCAAAUGCAGCUCCCGCAGCUUCGACCGGGAAGAAAGGCAAGAGCAAGAAGACAACGGAUCCCAAUGAGACAGGGAAGCUACUUGCGGCAAAGAUAAAUCAACUUGAGCUGGAUGCUGCUGGAGAGAAGGAUCAAGAGGCCGAGAUUGGUGGGUACACUUUUACUCAAGAGUCAAAAGAGACUGUACUUGCUUCAAUGAAAGAGCAUGAUCUACCACAAGACAUGAUUGCUGAGGUGGCGAGAGCCCUUGACCUGGGGCCUGAAGCCACACGGAGUGGACAAGGACUUCCAAGCCUCAAGACUAUCGAGACGCUCGUGGCCAAAUUCUCCCUCAAUAUCCCAAACCUCAGUCUAGCCCGCGCACAUGAGAACUUGUUUGCCAGACCUCUGCCCAUGAAUUAUAUGGAUCGACAGAAGCUGACAGAGAUGCCCCUUGGGCUUAUUGCCGAUAUAGAACGAGAAGUCAAAAAAGCAACCCGAGACUUAUCGAACCUCUUGACUGGCAUGGAAACACCACUUUCCAGACUUGAAGAAGUGCAAAAGAGGUACACCGGGCUGCUGGCUGAUAUGAAGCGCAUGGAACGGGAUAACACCAAGAAUAAGAAGCGUGCAGACCUUCUGCAGAAAGAGAAGGACCAAGGACGGUCAGAGCUCAGUAAGACCAACAGCAUGAAGGAAAAGCUCGAGAAGCUGUGUCGGGAACUCCAGCGAGAUAACAAGAAACUAAAGGACGAACAAAAGAAAAUCGAAGACAGCGAGAGAAGGAGUCGAGAAGAGUUCAGUGACAGAACCAGCAAUCUGUAUUGGGUAAUCGACGACACCAUGGAACAAGCAGAGAAUCCAGAGGGUCAGAAGAUCAAUGUUGAGCAAGAUGAAAUGUUCCGGCAGAAGUUCAAAUCAUUCACCGAGCAGUAUGAGCUCCGCGAGCUUCAUUUCCAUGCCCUGAUGCGGACCAAAGAGUGCGAAGUCCAGUUGAGCCUGGCACGUGCCGAAGAGCAACGAAAACGUGCUGAGGAUGAAAUGAAAAAAUCACGAACACUGAACUCCCAGGUCUCGACAUUCUCUCAAACCGAGACUGAGCUUAGGAGUCAACUGAACAUUUAUGUUGAGAAAUUCAAGCAGGUGGAAGAAACUCUCAAUAAUUCCAACGAGCUCUUCCUGACCUUCCGCAAGGAAAUGGAAGAGAUGUCCAAGAAGACCAAGCGUCUGGAGAAGGAAAAUCUCAACCUGACCCGCAAACACGACCUCACCAAUCGCAACAUCCUUGAAAUGGCGGAAGAACGCACCAAGGUCAACAAGGAGAUGGAAGCCCUCCGCAAGAAGAACAACACUCUCGAGAGCGUGAUUCGUCGUAUGCAGGACCAAGGGCGUGCACCAGCGGGCGCGGGAGCACUCGAAGGCGACGAGGAGGGCACUGAGAGUGACUAUGAGGAGGACGACUACGAUGAAGAGGAAGGCAGCGAGGAGGGCGAAUACGACGACGAUACUGAGGAAGAGGCUCUGCAAUCGCAGGUUGGAGCUCUUCCUACUUUCGGACCCGUACCGCCACCACCUCCUUCGUCGCAGGCUCAAGUCAACGGCAAGGUCAACGGAGAGAUCAACGGAGCCACUAAUGCUAAGUCUAUCGUUGUGUAA